GGAACAAUUCUUCUAAUGGGUCACCAUGUCGUACUAUGACAUUGACUCAAUAUUGACAGAUGCUCAGAAACUGCCAUGUACCUUCGAGCUUGAGGUGCCUGGACUAGGAGUCUUGGAAGGUAACCCCGGUGAAGAUAUCAAAGCCGGGACUCGCAUCGAUCUUCCACUAUGGCUUGGUGAAAUGCUUUCUAUCGCAGCCCGAAUCGGGACAUCACGUCUUGUCACACUUGAUAUGCCCGAGGCGCUCUCGGAGCGAGUGAUGAACGCAUUGAAAGCUGAUCCCCGCACCGUGGAUUUGCGCGCUCUAGCACCGCAUUUCUAUAAUCUCAGCGAGCGGAUUCUGGAACUAUUCGAAGAAGAAGAAAUGGUCGAUGUGUUGACCGAUACAUUCAAGCGCCGAGCAGCAGAAAUUGCUGACCAGGCCCACAAUCCACGGGGAGCGGUAGGUGAUGGUGUUGAAUUCCUGCGCGGAUUGGACGAGACGGAGCGUCAAUUAUUCCGGGCUGCACAUGACCGAGCAAAAGCGAUGCGGAUUUGGGCUGGAGAGGCGAAGAGGAAGUGAGACCGUGCGAAGGUGGCGGGGUGACAUGGGCUGAGCUGUGCUCGUCCUUGGGAGUCAUCGACUGCCCGUUAUGAGAUCUAUCAUGCCUUUAACUUUAACAAUACUAUGUUUAGUUUUUUUUU